UGACACUACAGGCUUCAAGGAAUGGGGGGGUGGGGUGUGAGGAGGGUGGAGUGAUAAUUGGGAGCUUCUUAGGAAUGCUUUAUUACAUGCUAAAUGCUCCCCACAAUUCUGCAAUCAUGUAUGAAGGCUUCUUCAUUUAAAAAAGAAUAUCAUCCUCGUUAAGAGGGGAAGUGAAAUUAGCAAUUAAAAAUAAAAAUAUAAUCUAUAACAAAUGGAAAAAUGGGGAAUCUGAUGGCAAUGAAUACAAACCAACCAUUAGGAAAAUGCAGAUAGUUGAUAAGGGAAACUCAGCAUAGCAGUGAAAAAAAUCUAUGGCCAGUGUAGUUAAGGACAAAAAGAAGGAAUUCAUUAAGUAUACCAGGAACAAAUUAAAUCCUAACCAUGGUAUAAGUCUAAUACCAGGUCAGGAUGCUAAAAUAGACCAUCCUGAUCCAGGAAAGGCAGAAGUAUUGAAUCAAUAUUUCUGUUCUGUAUUUGGAAUGAAGCGUGAUGAUGUAUUCCUAUGUCAUAGUGAUAAGGAAAUACCUUCUAUUCCCACAGGAAUCCUGUAGGGUGUUAAACAGCAACUACUGAAGUUAAUUUUUUAAUUGGUGGGACCGGAUAACUUGCACCCAAGCAUAUGAAAACAAUUGGUUGAAGCGCUCUCUCAACCACUAAUGUUGAUUUUGAACAAACUGUGGAAUACCAAGGAAGUUCCGGAGGACUGGGGAAAAUGCUGUUGUUGUGCAAAUAUUUUAAACAUUUAAAUGACGCCAAACAGGAUGAGCUGAGUGACUAGACCAGUUAGCCUGACAAGAAUCCUGGGCAAAAUCGUGACAAGGCUGCUCUGGGGUGCAGUCAGCAAAGACUGACAGGGUGGCAGCCUGACUAACGGCAAUCAACGUGGUUUUAUGGAACACAGGUCUUGUCACACCCAUUUUACAUCACUUUGUGAUGAGAUUACAGGUUUGGCUGAUAAAGAUAACUGAUGACAUGAUGUAGCGAUGACCUCUGCAUGGCUUUUGUCUGAGUCCCACAUGACAUUCUGUUAAAAAAACUAGCACUAUACAAAAUCCAUGUGCCCAUAUUAAAUGGAUUAAAAACUGGCUAGCUGAGAGAUCAUGAAUGUAAUAGCAAACGAGAAUCAUCGUCCUUUGGGGGUGUUUCUCCUGGUGUCUGUUUUGUCCCAAGGCCGGGCACUUGAACUCCCUUUCUCAAGCGUCUGGAAGAAAAGAGAAAACCUUUGCUGGUAACAUUUGCAGAUGACACCACAAACAUUGGCAGAGUGGUCAGUCAUGAUGGGCACAGGUCCAGAACUGGCGGAUUCUUCAUCUUCCCCAGCACUGUGUGUCCCUGGGCGUGUCCUGAGAAACUGGGCUCCCAGCUCCAGAUGCGUGGGCCUGGCCCGGACACCCAGAGACCCCAAGCAGGGCCCCCCGCGCUGCCUCACCCAGAACAAGUGGGUAACAGCAGCUGUAGCUCCAUGGCUUCCUGUGGACGGACACCAGGAUGGGGGCAGCCAGGCGGCGAGGCUGAGGAGCCAUGGAGGUCUUAGGAAUGAACUCCUGAAUUAAGUGUUCUUUGUGAGCAGACUUGCUACCUACCUGGAAAUCAACGAGCCGCGGCAGCCGGCAGCCUCCCGCCCCUAGAAUCCUGCCUCUGGUGCCUUCUUGGUAAUCCCGAGGCUGCUCUGCCAGCCUGCCCCAGCCACAAGUGCUGCUUUGACCUCUGCGCUCACGGAGGGGACUCUGCCUCUCCCCCAGCUCGGAAGGCAUCGCCCUACCUUGGGCCUGCAGCACCUGGCUCAGCCGCUGUCAACCAGCGCGUCUCCUCCUGUUGAGGGGAAGGAGAGGGUCUGGGGCAGGGUGACACCGCUUGCUUCGCCAGCUGCCUUUGACCCGGGGUGUUUCCCUCCCCGAACCUGCUCCUUUUCGCUAGGCAUGUUGCCGGUAAAGAAAAGCAAGCUGCGGAAGCGGAGGACAGUCGGCGGCUCGGCCAUGCCGAGCCCUGGCGUCUGUGCCAUAGGAGAGCGUGCCGCGGGCGCUUUCCCCUUCGCCGUAGCUGCCGAUGCCCACCUCCGCCAUCUGCCUCCGGGCUCCGACCACGAGCACGUCCCCGAGAUCGAGAUCAAGCUGGAGUUUAGUGACGAGGAGGAGGAGGGCCAUGAGGGCGGCACGCUGGGAUUCAUGGCGGCCUGUGGGGAAGGGAGCCAUGAGAGGAGGAAGGUCGAGCUGGCCCCCCGGAGUGUGGGCAGCCAGCCUUGCGUCACGGCCAGCUGGCAACCCCCUUCCUCCGUGCUGGGUGUAGACAAGGCUCUCCUGGAGGGAUGGGCAGCGAAGCGCCCCGCACCUCCGGCCUUCAGCCUCCCUGUCCGCACCCGGCGCCGCAAGACCACCUCUGAGGUGUGGCAGUUCUUCUCCCCGGAUGCCAGCGACCCCUGCCGGGCCAUCUGCACCCUGUGCCAGGCCAGUGUCGGGCGUGGCAAGCUGAGGGGCCACUGCAACACCACCGCCCUGAAGCGCCACCUGGAGGGCAAGCACCCGCUGGAGUGGGGGCGGAGGAAGAGAGCAGGACGCAGGGCCCAGGAGGAGGAGGAGGAGGAGAAUGAGGAGGAAGAGCAGGUGGCGAAGGAGUUUCCCUUGCAGGACACUGUGUUUGGCAUCAGCCAUGCUCUGUGCUCCCCUGCCCAAGUGCCCCAGGGUGGCCCCCGCUUCCUGUACGUGAUCAGCGACUCCAGUGAGGAGGAGGAGGAGGAGGAGGGGCGGGGAAGGGCAGGUACCCCAGUCACUGAUUCCUCCCCAGAGUCCAGCGAGGAGGGAAGCAGCGAGAGUAGCAAGAUGCUCCCCCAGGGCAGGGGGAGGGGCAGGAAGGGCCGUGUAUACACAGGGCACCCCAAGCCGGACCUGGCCACACCCUACCUGGAGAUGCUAGUGGGCCAGGGGUUCCCCAAGUCCGGGCAGCUCAGCCUCCCCAACCACCCGCUGGUGCCACCGGGCACGAAGCGCCGCAAGUCCACCUCGGCCGUCUGGCAGUUCUUCUACAUCGACUGCAGCAACGUGUGCCGAGCUGUCUGCACCCUGUGCCAGGCCAGCGUCAGCCGUGGCAAACUGGGCAGCCACUUCGGCACCUCGGCCCUCAUGCGCCACCUGGAGGGCAAGCACCCGCUGGAGUGGGGGCGGGGGCGGGCUCCUGGCGCGCCUGCCACCCCUCCCAGCAGCACCCGGUCCGAGAGGCUGAGCCUGGGGCCGGCGGAGGAGGAGGAGCCCGUGGAGGACCCGUCUCUCACGUCGCCCGCCACGUUGGACCCCCUGAGAUCACCUUGCGCCAGCCCUGGUGGGGCCCCAGCUCCCGUGUGUGCCAGCUGGCAGAGUGAGGCACCUCCCGAAGGCAAGGUGCCGAAAGCCCUGCCCGCCCCAGCGGCCCCGCUGCCUCCCAGCAAGAACCAAGCCGGCCUGGCCGAGCGGGGCGGGGACGUGCCUGGCAAAUACACCCCCAACCACCCGCAGGCGCAGGCCUGGAACCGCAGCAUUGCCGAGCUGCUGUGCGGCAUGGCCCUGCCCUGCUCCUUCGUCUCGGCCAAGCCCUUCCACCGGUUCAUGGCGCAGGCUGACCCACGCUACCAUGUCCCCUCGCCGGCUUUCUUCUCCCGCAAGGCAGUGCCCCAGCUGUGCCAGGCUGUCGGCAUGGGCCUGGCCCUGGAGCUGCAGCAGGCCAGCCUCAGCCGGGUGCACCUCAGCGCCCACGUCUGGGCCCAGGGGCCGGCAGGGGAGUACCUGGCGCUGGCAGCGCACUGGCUGGCGCCCCGCUCGGACUCAGGCCAGUGGCAGCCACGCAGCCAGCGCAGGCAGGCGGUGCUGUGCGUGCAGGCGCUGCAGGAGGAGCAGGCGCUGGGUGGCGUGCAGCAGGUGUUGGCCGAGCAGCUCCAGCUGUGGCUGGCCCAGAACUCCCUGAGGCCCGGCUUCCUGGUCUCGGGCGGCAGCCCUGGCGUGGAGCGGGCCACGAAGGACGGCGGCCACACCCACAUCCCCUGCUUCGCUCACUGCCUGAGCCAGCUGGUGCUCGGCUUCCUGCGCCUCCACCGCAGCAUCGAGGGCACACUGGGGGUGGCCCGUGCCAUCUGCGCCCACUUCGCCCGCUCGCCGGAGGCCAGGAGGGGGCUGGCGGAGCUGCAGCGGCAGCACGGCUUGGCCCCGCGCCGGCUGAAGCAGGAGGCCACGGCGAGCUGGGACUCCACCUACUACAUGCUGGAGCGGCUGCUGGCGCUGCAGCCGGCUGUGCAGGAGUACGUGGGCAAGCGCUGGAUGGGCGAGGCUGGCCUGGCCCUGAGCGCCACCCAGUGGAUGCUGAUGCGCAGCCUGGUGGAGCUGCUGCAGCCCUUCGAGAUGGCUGUGCGGGAGGCGAGCGCGGCCGACGCCUCACUGAGCCAGGUGCUGCCGCAGGUGCGCUACCUGCACAUCUUCCUCCAGCAGAUCCGCCUGCGCUUCGAGAGCCAGGCCGGGGAGGGGGCUGGCUCCGCCGUACGCCUGGCCGAGAGCCUGGCCCUGCAGCUCUCCACCGAGCCCCGGCUCAGCGAGAUGUUCCACCGCCAGGAGUACGUGCUGGCCACGCUGCUCGACCCCCGCUUCAAGGGCAGGAUGGACGCCAUCCUGCCGCUGGGCUCCGACCUCGACCACUGGAAGCAGCUGCUGGUCCGGAAGGUGAAGGAGCUCCUGGCCUCCCCCACUGGCUGCCCUUCCUCCCCCUGGAAUGCCCAGCCCGGCAAGGCUUUCUGCGUGGACGCGGCCCCGCAGCCCCGGGAGGCAGAGACAGAGUCCCAUUGGGACAGGGGGCCGAGUGGGAAGAGCUCCACGGUGCCUCCACUGAUCCAGAAGGAGAAGACCCUGACCGAGCACCUGGAGAGCGUGGGGCUGCUGGCCUCUGAGGGCCGCGGGGCCUCCCUCCCCACCGAGAGCCACUCGGCCUGUGUGAUGGUGGAGAGGUAUCUGCGGGACAACCAGACCAUCGGGGCCCGGGAGGACCCGCUGGGGUACUGGGAGAAGCGGCACUGGCUCUGGCCGGCCCUGGCCAAACUGGCCAUGCUCUACCUGUCCUGCCCGCCCUCGGGGGCCUUCUCGGAGCGCAUCUUCACCGCCCCAGACAGCCCCUUCUCCGAGAGGCGCCCCCCGCAGGGGGAGAGCACAGAGCGCCUCGUCUUUCUGAGAGCCAACCUGGGGGCCUUCCCCGACUACCCCCCGCCGCCCCUCAUCUGCUCCGAGAACGACAGCGCAGGCAGCAGCAGCGGGGAGGAGGGGACCCGGCCGGCUUAGAGACUGUCUCC